CAAACUUUCCUUUCGUUUGUUUUCUUUUUUAUCCUGAACUCCCAAUUCUUUUCUCUUCUCACCCAGGCUUUCUUUUGUUUUCUUUUCUUUUCUACCAACUCCCAAUCUUGUUUGUCAUGGAAGAGAACCCUUGUUCAGAAACCCAUUCUUCAGCCCAACUCCGUGACGAAUGGCUGGAAAUUCAAGAUUCGCUCAAGAAAAAACUGAUCACAGAUGAUGAUUUCUACUGGAAGCUACGCCUUCCCACAAAGAAAGAAGAAGAAGAAGAGAUACUGAGACAUGUGGGUGGAGUUGAUUUGAGCUUCGCAAAAGACGAUCCUUCAACGGCAUGUGGUACUCUUGUGGUGUUGGAUGUCCUCAACAAUCUUAAUGUUGUCUAUGAAGAUUCGUCUCUUGUUAAGCUUGAUGUUCCUUAUGUUCCUGGCUUCCUUGCCUUCAGAGAGGCUCCUGUACUUCUAGAGCUUCUGGAGAAAAUGAAGAAGUCUGCACAUCCAUUCUACCCCCAAUUAUUGAUGGUUGAUGGCAAUGGAAUUCUUCAUCCUCGAGGCUUUGGAUUGGCUUGUCAUCUUGGAGUUCUGGCUGAUCUUCCUACAGUUGGGAUAGGAAAAAAUUUACAUCAUGUUGAUGGUCUAACCCUUGCAAAAGUCAGACAACUCCUUGAAGUCAAAGAAAACUCAUCUAGAGAUGUCUUUACUCUAAUCGGGGACUCUGGGAGAACUUUUGGAAUGGCAAUGAGAUCAACCCAAGGCUUAUUGAAACCCAUUUUUGUUUCAGUUGGUCACCGUGUAUCGCUUGCUACUGCCAUUAAAGUUGUAAAGAUGACUUGCAGAUUCCGCAUCCCAGAACCCAUCCGGCAGGCUGAUAUUAGAUCAAAACAAAAACUCAGUAGUCUGUGUACGCGGUAAAAUUUCAAGUCUGCAGAAACAAGAAAUAUACACGACAAAUAUGUGAUAUAUAAAUCUAAGAAAAAUAUGUGAGUACAAUCUCUGGGAUUUUCUCGAACUUGUGAAGAGUUUUCCUCGAUUCUUCUCUUCGAACGCCAAUCCAAGGAUUUUGCAGCUUGCUCUUGGAUCUAUCAACGAUUCCUUCAAAUCUUGAUAUGGCAGAUUUGGAGGACUUGAAAAUAUUUGGAGGCUCAAGCCUUGAUAUAUGGAAGACUUGAAGAGCUUGAAGACCCAGACCUUCGUAGCUUAGAACUUUACCACUUGAGUGUAUGAGAUGCCUCCUGAUGUGUGUCUCUGUGUGUGUGUCUGACUUAGUAGAGAAACCCCUAUUUAUAGCUGUAGCAAAAGGUAGAGGCUGAAGACUUGUGUAUCACUUUUACUUGUCUUGCAAGACGUGCAGUCAUAUUAGA